GUGAGCUGGAAACCAUCAUUUUCUUCCUAGACCUUCGACUCUCGUCAUUGUCGUUCAGUAGCCAAGUGUAAUUCGAUCCCUUUUGGCGAACUUUGCUAUUUUUCAUUUAUUCGAUAUUGUUCAAUCGCAUCAAAUUACACAUCGCCUUGGAAACAUUGUCAUUUGUUGGCAUUCCGUCGUUGUGUUGGACGAUUAUCGGCGUUUGCCUCAGUGAGUGUUCAUUGCAGGCUGGGUGGUGACAGCGUUACAAUGAUCGAGAGACCAGAGGCUGCCGUCCCGAGCAUUGCUCAGCGGAAUCUGGAGGGCUAUGUAGGAUUUGCUAAUCUUCCCAACCAGGUGUAUCGAAAGUCGGUUAAAAGAGGCUUUGAGUUUACAUUGAUGGUUGUCGGUGAGUCUGGUCUUGGGAAAUCAACACUUAUAAAUUCCCUCUUCUUGACUGAUCUCUACUCCAAGGACUACCCUGGGCCGUCGCAACGCAUUAAGAAGACUGUGCAGGUGGAGCAGUCCAAAGUGCUCAUAAAAGAAGGAGGGGUCCAGCUGACCCUCACGAUUGUUGACACCCCAGGAUUUGGAGAUGCAGUAGAUAACAGUAACUGUUGGCAGCCAGUCAUCAAUUAUAUUGACAGCAAGUGUGAGGACUUCCUGAACGCAGAAUCAAGGGUGAACCGCAGGUCGAUGCCAGAUAAUAGGGUCCACUGCUGUCUAUAUUUCAUUGCGCCCUCAGGACACGGUCUGAAGCCUCUUGACAUUGAGUUUAUGAAGAGACUCCACGACAAAGUCAACGUCAUUCCGCUUAUUGCAAAAGCUGACACGCUGACCCCAGAAGAAUGCCAACUUUUUAAGAAACAGAUAAUGAAAGAGAUCCAGGAGCACAAAAUCAAAAUUUAUGAAUUCCCGGACACGCACGAUGACGACGACAACAAGAUCAUCCGGAAGAUAAAGGAGAAGAUGCCACUGGCUGUCGUUGGCAGCAACGUUGUCAUUGAGGUGAAUGGCAAGAAGGUCAGAGGUCGCCAGUACCCGUGGGGCGUGGCAGAAGUGGAGAACGGCGAACAUUGCGACUUCACUGUUUUGCGCAACAUGUUAAUCAGAACGCACAUGCAAGAUCUGAAGGACGUUACCAACAACGUCCACUAUGAGAAUUACCGUAGUAGGAAACUUGCAGCCGUCACCUGUAAUGGAGUGGACACUACCAAGACCAAAGGACAACUUACCAAGAGUCCGCUGGCACAGAUGGAGGAGGAGCGAAAAGAACAUGUGAUGAAGAUGAAGAAGAUGGAAGCAGAAAUGGAACAAGUCUUUGAAAUGAAAGUGAAGGAAAAGAAGCAGAAACUGAAGGAUUCAGAGGCUGAGCUGGAGCGGCGUCACGAGCAAAUGAAGAGGAACUUGGAGGCGCAGUACAAAGAACUGGAAGAAAAGAGACGAGUGUAUGAAGACGAGAAAGCCAACUGGGAAGCUCAGCAGAGAAUCUUGGAGCAGCAGAAACUGGACGCCUCCAAGACAAUGGAGAAGAACAAGAAGAAAGGAAAAAUCUUUUGAAGAGUGAAUUUAUUUUCGGGUACAUACACACAAACACACGUGAAUAUUGUUACUCUCCAUAGCAUUUUUCUGUUUGAUAUUUUAAAACUAACAUGCACGUCAGCCCUCAUCUUUGUUAUUUUGGUGACUUUCUUGUCAAAUGUUGUCCUUAUAGUUCCCAACACAAUUUAUACACAUGUAGUAAUACUACUCGGAGUACAAAGAAGUACUACUACUACCUUAAGUUCUACACUAUGUCCAUGUGUUGUACAGCGUAUCGUACUUGUGAGAGGGUGUUUGAAGAGCCGCGGUCACAUGACAUGACAAAACGUUGACGUGACAAAACAUAUGACCACUAGGGGUGUUAUGUACGUUGUCGUCACGCUUCGGUACGUACCUCGGUCUUAACCACAUAGUCCAUUUUGGGUAGUGUAAGGGAAAAAAAUAAACACUUCCUGUCCCGUGUGGAAUAUGGAAGAAUACGGUUACAAAUACCUGUACCAUUACUCCGCCAUGGCUACAGUAGUCUGCUUGAAAUAGUUACAAAAAAUCACACACUAUCAGGUUUAGUUUUGUCGGUUAGCAAGCUGACAACAUACAAAAUAUGUGCUGUGUAUUUUCUCAGUAGUCAAAGUGCGAGUUCACCAAAGAUUCAAUUUGGAAGUAGACAUGAGAGUUGUGAAUGUUGGCCAAAAAUAUUCAAAGCUACUGCAAAAAACAAAGUAUUCAAGAACAAUAAUAUUAAUAAUAACCAAAAAUUGCAACUAUUUGGCCUUCCGGCUGGAAAGCACACCCCUAGAAAGCAGAGCCACAAAGCACGCAGGGAAGAAAAAAUAACAACUAAGCGUUACAGGACAAACAAACAUUAUGAAUAAUCGCUGCAUAUGUAAUUUUACCGCAAACAUGUUCCUAGCCCCAUCCUGCUCUGUUACUGAAAAGAACAUAAUAGCAAGCUUCCUAAAACAUUCUUACUGUCCCCUGUGAAGCGCUGUUAGUGCUACACUAGGUCUUGUUAACAGUUCACUGGGUUCGAAUCCCAUUACGGAAGGUUUGCAGAUCGUGAAAUGUGUUUUUUUGCACGAAACAAAUCGAUUAUUGAACAAUUUAUUUUCAAUUGUUUUAGUCCAAAAAUGCCAUCAAAUCAAAUUCAAAUUUGACUGUUUUCUGCUUCGGGUCUCUCUGCCAUGUCGUUUCUCCCCUUGGCUUCAAGACAAAGCACAGACAGGAAAUGCAAGAAUAAAAGAUGUUGUGUUAUGUGUGAUUUAAACUGAAAGUGGGCCUCAAGGACAUUGCCUUUGCAGCGCUUUUACGGUAUUAUGCAAAACUUUCACAUGGCGCAGAAAAAUGUUGUGUAACUGGGGAGUGUUGUCAAGGUCUUCCUUGAAUAUAGAAUAGCCUUAUCUGUCAAAUACAGUAGAACACGCUUAUGUUUACAGCCUGAUCUGCUUAAGUGCACGCUUAAGUCAACAAAUGUGAACCCCAAAAGACUAAUUUCUAUGAAAAAUGGUUUAUCAGUCCCUUCAAAAAUUUGCGAUGGCACCAAUUAAUGCAAAUUAAAACCAAUUUCUUACAAAUUAUGCGGGAAACAAAAACGUUUAACUCUUUAUUGACCAAACAACACAACUGUUGUCCUCCUGCAUAGCCCAGAACUACUUCCUGUUACUGUCUACAGUGCUAAGCCUUCUGGGUAACAUAGUAUAUAAACAUUAACUUCCUAAUUUACAUGUAUUUAUAUAUUUAUUUAACAUUAUUUAUCCAGGCUUAGACAAUUAAGAACAUAUUUCUUUCAUUUGCAAUACUGACCUUGCUAAGAGGCAGUAUUUACAUGUUAGAGAUGUUGAAGUGUGAUGAUAAUCUCUAAUCAUCUCUCAUUUACCCAACAAAAAUGAGCGCUAUAGAUCAACUAUAGAACAGUUCGCUUCUUUCAAGUGUAAAACAUACACGGAGAAUAACUGCAACUUGCACACGACAGAGUACAAAGAAUAAGGAAGCCUUUGGUGGUGUUUCUUUCUGUAAUUGUAAUGAAUUAUUAGUUACAAUUAUUAAAAAGAGUACAGUAAUUUGACAUUGAGAUCUGAGUACGUGCUUUUACUGCCAUCUAGUGUCUACUUUUAGGUAUGAGCUGUAUAACGAGUAAAACAUCAAUGCACUAUUUGUUUUCCAAUUUCUGUUGCAAUCCUAUACUAUUUUAGGUUAAGGUUACAAGGAACACAUUGAUAACAAAUUCAUAAAAAUAAGAAGUUCAUACAAUUUUAAAGAAACUAAUUAAGGCAUUUUAGGCUACAACAAUCACAAAAAAGCUUGCAAGCUGUUGGAGGGACUGAUAUACGUCGACAUGUGUUGUAUUGUUAACUUCAUCAUAUUCACUAAGCAACAUAACUUCUAAUUACACACACUCACUUCCAGUUCAGUGCAAAAUAAGCUUAUGUUAACUCCCGCUUAAAGGAGAACUGCACUUUUUCGGAAUUAUGCCUAUCAUUCACAAUCAUUAUGAAAGAUAUGAUGACGGAUGUAUAUUUUCUAGUGCAUUCUAACUCUCAAAUAAAAGUAAAUAUAAGUCCUCUGCCAGCAGAGCUGAUGGGAGGUCCUUUAUUUCGCCCAUAAAAUCAAAUAAAUAACCAUUCAGUGUGCCAACAAUACUCCAUUUACAUUUGGUGAUUUAAAUAUAAACCAAGUAUUAGUGAUAUUGUUAUUAUAAGUGCUAACGCAGAUGAACUAUUUAUAACGGCGCUGUGAUCACAAAACUGUGUACAAUUUCAACAUGAUCGACUGGCGAGGUGUUUCCUCAAUUCCUUGCUCCCUGGAAGUUUAUUGUAGAUCAUAAAUCAUGCCUCUCACCCGGACAGAAGAAGUCUGAGUAGGUAUUCCGACAAGUUGGUACACUUUGACAGCCAUUUGGGUCCCGGAAACGGCGAGAACAACACAAAAAGACGCUUGCUUUUUUUCGCAGUUCCCCUUUUGAUUUGUCAUGAGGUUCGUGGACUUAACUGUGUUCCAGGUCUUGGACGACCUAUGCUCACACCUAACAAGUCUUAGAUGUCAAAUAGAAUAUUUUCAGUCCUUCAAAGCUCUUGUAUUUCUUACCCAGAUGUGUCAUGUCUUAUUUUCUUAAAAUUAUAGUAAUAUUAUAUGGAAUAUGAGACAGCUUCAUGUAGUUUUCUUGAGUGACUCUUAUAUGAAACCAGGAUCUAACUAUAUUUUUCCAAACUGUUGCUGCAUUUCAAACAAGACGCUAAAAGGAUUUUAGCAGGUAAAUAAAUAUUACUAUUUGCAUCCAGUCAUGCUCGAUAACAUUUAUUGUGUACAUAUUACUUUACUGUGAUGAUUUUGCUUUGUUUGCUUGCUUUCUUUAUGCCAGAAGUAACCACAGACUACAUUAUUCCCCACACCUUCUUUAUGUCUUUUUUCUUCUUCUCACAUUUGGACAAAAGUGGCAGCAUUUUCUUUGAUGCUUUCAGUAACUGCAUUUUUUUUUAUUGACCUUUUAUAUGUAUACUGUCUAACUGUCCAUUUACAAUAUUAAAGUUUACAUGGUUAUGCGUCAA